AUGGACGAUCUUGAGUCCCUCGAAAUACUUUCUUUGGUCCAGAGAGUGGCUUCUGAAUUGCAGAAUCAUCUCGGCAUCAGCGACAAAACUCUCGCCGAAUUUGUUAUUGCGCAGCACUCAGAAUGUAGUUCCCUCGAAGAAUUCCAGAAAAAGCUUGAGGCGAUGGGAGCAGACUUUCCCCAAAGUUUGAUAGAGAGUGUGGACCGCCUGGUACUGACUAUGCAUCCAAAAUUCAAAGGUGGCAAGGGUAGAAAUGCUGUGCCAGCUGAAAAUGAGAAUCGCAAAGUCGAAGAGAAGACGAAGGUUUUUAAAGGUCUGGCAUUGCCUGAUAAGGAACCGGCAUGGCAGGACGAUGAUGAAACAUCAAAUGUUCAUGCGGUAAACGGAACUGAUGCGAUCGAUGAUACCCUUGCGUUGUUAGAAGGUCUGGCACCAAAGGCGCAACCAGAGAAGGCUGGGAGAAUAAGCAGAAAACGAAGCAGGAGUCCAGAUCAGGAUUAUGACAGAGGACGAAGUCGUAAAGAUAGGCACAGGUCUAUAUCACAAUCCAGAGAAGAACCGAGGAGGCGGCGAAAACACGAACAUGACGAAGAGGACGAAUUUGGGAGGACGCGAAAGAGUCACAAAAGUAGCCGGAGGAAAAGAGAAGACGACGAUUAUCACAAACGACCGCUCACUCCCGAGAUUGAUGAUGAAGUUGUUCUAUACAAAGUUUAUGAAGGCCACGUUACGGGUGUGAAGGAUUUCGGAGCAUUCGUUAACAUACACGGUGUGAAAGGAAAGGUUGACGGACUGGUGCAUGUUUCGGCAUUAGUAGAAGGGCAACGAGUAAAUCAUCCGUCAGAUUUGGUUUCGCGGAAUCAACCUGUGAAAGUCAAAGUGAUUAAAGUCGAGUCAAACAGAAUCGGACUUUCGAUGAAGGAUGUUGAUCAAGAAACUGGAGAGGAUUUGUCUCCUGAAGAUAAGAUACAAUCUGGAGUCAACGGUGUUCCUCUUGGUGUCAAGAACGAGUAUGGUUUAAUUGAUGAGCCUGUACCAGUUUUCGAAGGAGAAAUGUCACGAAAUUCGAGGAAGACCAAGAAGAGAAUGACAUCUCCUGAAAGAUGGGAGAUCCGACAACUGAUCGCAUCUGGGGUGGUGAAAGCAUCGGAUUACCCAGAUCUCAAUGAGGAUUACAAUGCCACAUUGAACGGCGAGGGAGAAAUGGAGCUUGAAGAAGAUGUUGAUAUUGAGAUUCGAGAAGAAGAGCCCCCCUUCUUGACUGGACAAACAAAGCAGUCGUUAGAAUUAUCCCCAAUCAGAGUCGUGAAGGCCCCUGAUGGUUCACUCAAUCGCGCUGCUAUGUCAGGUACGACUCUAGCCAAAGAUCGAAGAGAGUUGAAACAACAGGAGGCUCAAGACCAAGCUACCGAGGAUGGAGCGAAGGUCGACCUCUCUGCACAAUGGAAUGACCCGAUGGUAAACCCAGAUCAGAGAAAGUUUGCUAGUGAUCUCAGAACUGUGAAACAACAGGCACCUAGUGAAGAUGUACCUGAUUGGAAGAGGGCCACUCAGAAUAAAAAUGAGCCUCUGGGUCGCCGCACAGAUAUGUCCAUCAAAGAUCAGAGAGAGUCACUACCAGUAUACCGAUUCCGAUCCGAGUUAAUCAAGGCUGUUCAUGAAAAUCAACUAUUGAUCGUGGUCGGUGACACUGGUUCAGGAAAGACGACACAAUUGACACAGUACUUGGCGGAGGCGGGCUUUGCUAACGAUGGCAUAAUUGGAUGUACCCAACCUCGUCGUGUUGCUGCUAUGUCGGUUGCAAAGCGUGUUGCAGAAGAAGUUGGAUGUGAGCUUGGUCAAGAGGUAGGAUACACUAUUCGAUUCGAAGAUUGUACUACUCCAGCCACGAAGAUCAAGUACAUGACAGACGGAAUGUUGCAGAGAGAAGUUUUGAUGGAUCCAGAUUUGAAGCGAUAUUCGGUUAUUAUGUUGGAUGAGGCUCACGAACGCACCAUUUCUACGGAUGUUCUUUUCGCAUUACUGAAGAAAACGAUCAAACGUCGGCCAGAUUUGAAGAUUAUUAUCACAUCUGCAACUCUUGAUGCCGACAAGUUUUCGGUCUACUUUAAUGAAUGCCCUAUUUUCUCUAUCCCUGGUCGAACUUUCCCUGUGGAGGUUAUGUACUCAAGAGAGCCCGAAUCUGACUACCUUGAUGCAGCUCUGGUUACGGUCAUGCAGAUUCAUUUAACAGAACCUCCGGGAGAUAUCCUUCUCUUCUUAACUGGUAGUGAGGAAAUCGACACAUCUUGCGAAAUUCUCUUCGAGCGUAUGAAAGCACUUGGUCCCAGCGUUCCUGAACUAAUCAUCCUUCCCGUGUAUGCUUCACUGCCCACUGAAUUGCAGAGUAAAAUCUUUGAUCCCGCACCCCCAGGAGCUCGAAAGGUGGUAAUUGCCACCAAUAUCGCUGAGACCUCGAUUACCAUCGAUCAUAUCUACUACGUUAUUGAUCCAGGAUUUGUCAAGCAGAAUGCUUACGACCCAAAACUUGGUAUGGAUUCAUUGAUAGUGACACCAAUUUCUCAAGCGCAGGCCAAACAACGUGCUGGACGUGCUGGAAGAACUGGUCCUGGAAAAUGUUUCCGUCUUUAUACGGAGUCCGCUUUCCAGUCCGAGAUGUUGCCGACUAGUAUACCAGAAAUUCAAAGACAGAACUUAUCUACGACUAUUUUGAUGUUGAAGGCUAUGGGCAUCAAUGACUUACUUCAUUUCGACUUCAUGGACCCACCUCCAACAAAUACUAUGUUGACAGCCUUGGAAGAAUUGUAUGCCCUUUCGGCGUUAGACGACGAAGGACUUCUUACUCGACUGGGUCGUAAGAUGGCUGAUUUCCCAAUGGAGCCAUCUCUCUCGAAAGUUCUCAUUGCAGCUGUUGACCUCGGCUGCUCCGAUGAACUCCUUAGUAUUGUCGCUAUGAUCUCUAUCCCAACUAUCUUUUACCGGCCCAAGGAAAAGCAAGCCCAGGCCGACCAGAAGAAAGCCAAAUUUCAUGAUUCUCACGGCGAUCAUCUUACCCUUCUGAAUGUCUAUAACAGCUGGAAGCAAAAUAAAUUCGCAAGUCCAUGGUGUUUCGAAAACUUUAUUCAAGCACGAAGUAUGAAGCGCGCAAAAGAUGUACGCGAUCAAUUGUUGAAGAUCAUGGAACGAUACAAACAUCCUAUCGUAUCCUGUGGUCGCAACACGGACAAAGUCCGACAAGCACUUUGUUCUGGAUUCUUCCGGAACUCUGCUCGAAAGGAUCCUCAAGAAGGAUAUAAAACUUUAAUAGAAAGCACGCCUGUAUACCUACAUCCUUCGUCCGCUCUUUUCGGCAAGCAAGCCGAAUGGGUCAUUUAUCACACUCUAGUAAUGACGUCGAAAGAAUACAUGCAUUGUACCACAAGUAUUGAUCCCAAGUGGUUGGUGAGCGCAGCGCCAAGUUUCUUCAAGGUGGCGGACGUAGGAAAGUUGUCAAAGAGAAAGAAGGCGGAGAGGAUACAACCUCUUUAUAAUAAGUUUGCGGCGGAAGAUGAUUGGAGAUUGAGUGCGCAAAAGAGGCAGGGUAGGGGAGGUGGAGGUGGAACUUGGGGUUAA